UUACUUUGUCUUUACAAAGACCUAAAACCCUUGUCGUCGUAAAACUCUUCCCCAAGUCGGAAACCGGUCACCCCCCAGUUGGGUUGUGCCCGCCGCUGACGUAGCCAGCCAACAUUUCCUAAACCCGACUCAGAAUCUCACUCCCCCUCUCCCGCCACGUGUCCCCUCACUCUCUAUUUCAUCCCCAAUUCCUCGGCCCCCGCCCGCAUUAAUCUCUCCGGCGACUUUCUCUCCCUUCCAAAAAGUCACCGUUUUCACCUCGGAUCACAAUCUGGUUUCCCAUGGCCGAAACGACGUCGUCGCUCGGCGGCCCGCCGCGAGAGCCCAGCAAGCUCUGGAAAGGCGUUUUCGCCGUCGCCGGAAUCAUGACCACGCUCGUCACCUACGGCGUCCUCCAGGAGAAGAUCAUGAGAGUGCCUUACGGGGAAGACCACGCCUUUUUCAAGUACUCGUUGUUUCUCGUGUUCUGCAAUCGGAUCAUGACGUCGGCGGUCUCCGCCGGAGCUUUGAUUUCGAGUAAAAAGGAUCUGAAUCCGGUGGCUCCGAUAUAUAAGUACUGCCUUGUGUCUGUGACCAAUAUACUGACCACUACUUGUCAGUAUGAGGCCCUCAAGUAUGUGAGCUUUCCUGUUCAGACACUUGCAAAGUGUGCCAAGAUGAUUCCUGUUAUGAUUUGGGGUACAAUCAUCAUGCAAAAGAAAUACGAGGGACGUGACUAUAUGUUUGCUUUUCUAGUUACAGUUGGCUGUUCAAUUUUUAUACUAUAUCCGGCAGGGUCCGACUUGGGUCCAACUGAUGCAUUUGGUAGAGAAAGAGAAAAUACUAUAUGGGGUGUCUCUCUUAUGAUUGGUUAUCUUGGGUUUGAUGGCUUUACAAGCACGUUCCAAGACAAACUUUUCAAAGGUUAUGAUAUGGAGAUACAUAAUCAAAUAUUCUACACAACGUUCUGUUCUUGUGUUCUCAGCUUGACUGGUCUUAUAUUACAAGCACAACUACUUCCAGCAAUACAAUUUGUUGCUAGCCACAAUGAUUGUUUCUUUGACAUUGCACUGCUUUCAACUGUAGCAACAGCUAGCCAAUUUUUCAUUUCUUACACAAUUCGCACAUUUGGUGCUUUAACAUUUGCCACUAUAAUGACCACAAGACAGUUGGUUAGCAUUAUGCUAUCAUGUGUGUGGUUUCAUCACCCACUUAGCUGGGAACAGUGUAUUGGAGCCGUGGUUGUCUUUGGGUCCCUAUACGCAAAAUCAUUUAUGAGAAAUGCAACACCAAAACCAUCCCCGUCAGGAAAAGAGCAGAAUGGAGCUUCUAUCCCUUUAAAGGGGAUCCCUUGAUGGCGUUCAGGUUUAACAGUAUGUUAACUUUGAUAUGUUGUAAUGGUACUGCCUCCAACUUUGAACAACGGACAGCUUUGGUUUUACAAGUAUAGAUCUGCACCCACUAUAAUAUGGGAUAUCUGAUUUAAAUGGAGUCUCAACCACACCGCAUGCAAAUCAAUUCCUUGUAACAAGCUGGAGACAGUUCUUGAAGACCCACAUUUCCAUUGGGAUGUGGAAAUAGAGAUAUUAGACUAACAAAAGGAAGAAAACUGCUUUUAGUGUUUUAUCUUAGUACUUGGAAUACACCACUAGAGAAUGUAAAAUGCUACUGCCAACAUUUUGUUAGAGAUGGAUUAAAAAAAAAAGACUUGAGUUCUUGCAAUUCCAAUGUGUUUCCAUAGUACUUUUGUCUUGCUUUUUAGUGAUAUGUAUUUCCUGUUCUAAAUGAGAAUUUGUGACUGGUUUGUCCAGCGAUGACAAAAUUUGAAGUAUUCAAUAGUUGAAUA